GGCAAGCAUACGGAGAUAGUUUUUUCCCUGGCACGUAGAAUGGCUUCUUACAUGAUGUUUUCCCUCUUGCUUGUGUUCAUUUCAAUCGGUACUGGAAGUGGGAGCGAAAUUACUGAAACCCACAUGGUUUUCUACGUACACGACACCUUCACUGGAAAGAAUGCAACAGCAAUGAUAGCGGCAGGAGUGAAUGGGUCUUCUACAAAUGUCGCCAAAUUUGGAGCUACUGUGGUGGUGGACGACCUUGUUACUGAGCAACGACAAAAGGACUCUAAAAUGCUUGGCAAAGCCAAAGGAGCAUAUAUCAAUGCAGAUGCGAGUGGAGUUAAUGCUGCUGCCUCACUCCUAUGGACUAUUGCUUUUGAGGCUGCUGAUGACAGUUAUGACUCACUUCAGCUGCAGGGAGUAGAUAGUUUCUUUAGGUCCCCCCGGGAAGUAUCUGUAGUUGGAGGCACUGGAAAAUAUAGGUUUGCCCGUGGUUAUGCCGUUGUCAGUACUGAAUAUUUUGAUGGUAUGGAUAGUGUUCUUAAAUUUGAAGUUACAACCCGGGCAUAGAGGAUUUUUGAGAGACAAUUGAUGCAGUCAUGGUUGUGAGAGUGUUUUUUUUUCAGUAACUUAGUUAAUGAAUAAUGGAUUUAUAAGAAGAGUUUUGAUGCAAGGGUGGUUGUAAAGCACAUAGAGCUAUUGCAUGGUUGAAAUAAUGAUCUUUGAUAUUUGUGUGAA